GGCUGCUGCCGGGCCUGUCCCGACGGGUGCGAGGAGCUCCGCGGGGUUUCCCGCCGCUGGGCUCGAACGGGCCCUGGCAUCCUGCCUGGAAGGGGCAGCAGCGGCGCCGCCUGGGGCGGUUCCCCCGGGCCGGGCUGGGAAUGCAGCACACGGGAGCCUGCGAGGGAUUCAAGUCACCAGAAUUACUCCUGCUUACCUACCAGGUAUAUAGAGUUCUGAAGAAGACAUCGUUCGCAUUGCCAAUGAGUGAGGUGUUCACAUUACAAAGCAAACAGGAGGAGAGAGACUCGGAAGGUGAAGAGGAUGACAUGACACGUGGAGACUUGGGAAAUGGACUUGGUAGAAGGCCUGGUGGUGUCUAUGAAAUGGAAGGUUUAAAUGUGCACACAUUUAGAUCUAGGAAAGGGUCUGAUAAGAUCUUCAGUCCCCUUCUGCUAAAGAAAGGGGAAGAAAGUGAUGCUGCAAUUUUUCACUAUUCAAAAUGCAAUGGUUUGUAUGAUGUGUCAUCCAAAAAGCCUGGGAUAAGUGGCAUUACUAGAUGCAGCCGACAAAAUAGUUCUGAGUCUAAUUCUGACGUGUCAAAUGAAGAAUUAAGGCAACAACUUCGGGGGGCUAUAGAGGAGGUAGAGAUUUUAAAAGUAGAGCUUGAAGCAUCGCAGAGACAACUUGAAGGAAAAGAAGAAGCACUUAAAAUUCUGCAAAAUAUGACAGUAUUUAAUAAAGCCACUAGUCAUACAAAAGCAAUACUUCAAAAAACUGAGGAACAAAAGAGAGCUUUAGAAAAGGAAAUAAAUGCUUUACAAUGGGAAAUUGAAUUUGAUCAAGAAAGAUUUAAAAACAUAGAAGAGGCAUGGACAGAAAAAUGUGACAGGAUAUAUUGUGAAAAUGCAGCCCUUAAGGAAACAUUGAAACUCAGAACAGAUGAAGUUAGAACUCUGAAAUCUGAAAAUGCAAUUUUGAAUCAACAGCACUUGGAGUUUCUUGCAAUGCUUGAUGUAAAACAACAGAAGAUUAUUCAGGAAAAUAUGUCCAUUAAUAAAAGUGGCUUUACAGAAAUUACAGGUCUUGAACUGGCGGUUCUUGGAGCCUGCACCUGUAAUGCUUCUGGAGGAGAGCCCUGUUCCUGUGCUAAAAUGUCAGCUGCAACUCGAAAGCAGCUCCUUCAGCUCAGACAAGAGUGUGAAGCUCUGAAGAAGAGUAAAGAAGAAGCAUAUAUAAUGGCAGAUGCCUUCAGAAUUGCGUUUGAGCAGCAGUUAAUGCAGAGGAAAGACCAGGCUUUGAGGCUCACACAAGUGAAUAAGAUCUAUAAAAAAGAAACAAAACUUAUAAACUGGAAACGCCUGAAAGAGGAUGGACUUGUGAUGCUGCAAGGGAACAAGAAAAAUCUGGGACAAAAAUUGAUGGGCAUGCUUAUUUCUGAUGCUGACUGCAGGAAAAUGGAAGAACUGGAUAAUCCUCAUGAAAUCCUUAGGAUGCUGAUAGAUUUGCUGAAUGAUAAAGAAGAGGCUUUGGCUCAUCAAAGAAAGGUUAGUUAUAUGCUGGCUCGUGCAAUGGAGGAAAAAGAAGAUGCAUCAAAGCAGAGUAAUGAAAACAAUCUUUCAGGAGAGAACAUUACUCUGAAGAACCAUCAGGAUACAGCUUCAGAAUCUCAAGAGUCAACUGAUCCUGAAUAUUCAUGUUGCCAAAAUCUUGGCUCUCAGGACAAUACUUUCUCAAUUCUCAACAUGAAAAUAUAUAAAAAAUCAGCAAGACCACUUAAAAAAUCACAUUCCUGGCCAUCCAGGAAUUUAAAAGAAAAUUAUGUGCAAGGGAUAGAUGAAACUACAGAUACGAAUUGUAUAUAUCAAGAGCACUCAGAAUUAAAAAAUAACUUGUGAUAGUGCCAAGGCACAAGUAAGCCUUGCAGGGCACGUCCUAGGCAUCCCUAAAUUUAAACUCUAAUUCUGUAAUAAAAUUCCAGAAAAUUUGGUUUAUGAACUACUUUUCUAAAGAACAUAUUUCAAUACUCGGGUUAAAAAUGUUAAGAUACUUAUUUUUUUUUAAUUAUGUUGUACUAUAUAAGCCUUUUUAGACUUUGUAAACUGUCUGUUUACUGUCUGCCUCUGUGUGUGCCUGCUACUAUGAAAAAAAGUCGGCCAAAAGUUUUUGGAAGGAUUGGUCUAUUAAUUAAUCAAGGUGGCUUGUUUUUGCUGCGGGGAGGACUUUGCCUUUUACCUGUUCUUUUCCUCUUAUGUCUGGUAACCAAAAUAAAGACAUUAAAAAGCCAUUUGAUUCUCUUCCAACUCUGCCAUGUGCUUAAAAAAAGGGUAUAAGAAAUGUGUGGAAAACCAAGAGUCAUGCUGUGCUGUAUCUGUUCAUUAAUUAACAUUAGCAAUGCUGGAUGCAUUUCAAAAUCUUGUAUGUAACACAUAAUCUGGAAUGGUCUUUGCUGCUAAGUCCCAACAAAUAGCUUCAUGGUUUCAGUGUUUGUUUUGUUUUAUUAUUUAAGUUAUAAUUAUACCAGUGUUUUGAUAUACCUUAUGAUUAGGGCCCUACCAAAUUCACAGUCUAUUUUGUUCAAUUUCACGGUUGUAGGAUUUAAAAAAUAAUAAAUUUCAUUAUUUCAGCUAUUUAAACCUGAAAUUUCACAGUGUUGUAAUUGAAAGGAUCUUGAUCCAGAAAGGGCUUGUGGGAGGGUCGCAAGGUUAUUGUAGGCCAUUUGUUGCAGUACUGCUGUCCUUACUUCUGUGCUGCUGCUGGCAGUGGCGCUGCCUUCAGAGCUAGGCAGCUGGAGAGCGGCAGCUGCUGCCCGGGAGCCCAGCUCUGAAGGCAGAGCCACUGCCAGCAGCAGCGCAGAAAAAAGGAUGGCAUGGUAUGAUAUUGCCAACUUUACUUCUGCUCUGCCGCCUACCGAGCUGGGCCCUAGGGCAGCAGCCGCCACCCUCCAGCCACCCAGCUCUGAAGGCAGCAAUGCAAAAGUAAGGGUGGCAUGGUAUGGUAUUGCAGCCUUUACUUCUGUACUGCUGCUGGUGGGGUGCCGCCUUCAGAGCUAGACACCUGGACAACAGUUGCCACUCUCCAGCUGCCCAGCUCGAAGGCAGCACAGAAGUAAGGGUGGCAAUACUACAACCCCCCUAAAGUAACGUUGUGACAACCCCCCUGCAACUGACCCCCCUUGCAACUCCCUUUUGUGUCAGGACCCCCAAUUUGAGAAACGCUGAUCUCCCCCAUGAAAUCUGUAUAGUAUAGGGUAAAAGCACACAAAAGACCAGAUUUCACAGUCCAUGAUGUGUUUUUCAUAGCUGUGAAUUUGAUAGCGCCCUACUUAUGAUACGGUAUUAGGUUUCUGAGACUAAACUUAAACAUGAUUUUUAUCAGCUAUUUGGACACAGUCCAAAAGUUGACCUACACUGAAACUUUCUGGGAGAUAGCCUUCCAGUUCCAAGUUGGUUUUAUCUCGUUCAUUAAAAAUAUCUAUCACUCCAUGGCUUUCUUUAAUAUUUGCAAGUACUUGUCAUUUCUUAAAACAUUUCUAUUUAGCUGCAUUUGCAGCAAGUAGUUAUAUGAUAAACUCCAUUUCUAGCUAGAACAGGCUGAAUACCAGAAAAAAAUAAUGUUGAAUAUUUUUGAUUGAUAUUGCUGCUAUUCUUAGAGUAAAAUCUUUUCAAUUAAUAUUAUUUGACCAGCUAAACGGUUCAGGAAAACAGCAGUUUGCUGACAUAUAUGUUCACUGAAUAGUAUUUAACUAUGUGUACGCAGACCAAUUCUGAUAUAAUUGAGGAUGCUCAUGUUCAAACCGGGAACUAGCAAAAAGAACAAUAUACUUUUUAAGGUUUCAGCUCUGUUAGCAAUUCGGGAAAUUUGGAAUGAUCAGUAGUUUCUGCUCAAGGGAAGCUAACAACUAUAUUGAGGGACUAAGGACAAAAGCCUGGUCUCAUUGAAGUGUAUGUGAAUUUCGCUGUUAAUUAGGUCACAAGCCCAAAUCCAGCUCCCAUCUACACUAUGAAAGUGACUAUUUUAAAGCAUGAUGAUUUAAUACAGCUGGGGACCAACUUGAUAAAGACUAAGUCCAAAACAGGUUAUAACAUUGGUCCUGUCCACAAAGACCAGGACCAAAGCAAAGUUGUAACAUCAUGGUUCCCAAACAUGUUUUAACACAGACAAUUUCAUAGUGCAUAUGGUCCCUAAGAUACAUUAGCAGAGCUGUUAAAUCUUUCAAAUCACCUGCCCACACUAUCCCUGGCUGAUGCCACGGCUGUUAGUCACUGUUUCGUGUGCAUUGAAUUUCCUUAUAAAUUAAAAGAUUCUGGGCCCAGUGCUGGAAGUUGGUGGGGAUUUCAACUAGUACAGUAUAGCCCUGAUCCCUCACUAGAGCUUCUAGGUGCUAGCAUAAUAUGAAUAAUAAAUGAUAUAAUUUAACCAGAGAGAAUAAUAUUUUUGAAACCUAAACAUAUAUUGAGAUUUUAUAUAAAUAAAAUAUGAGCUAAAAUAUUUGUUAAAUAAUUCACUACUAUUGGACUGCUUGUAGUUACAUCCUCUUCAAUUUUUAUUUAGGAAUACAAGUCUUUAUAUCUAUAACUAUACUAAGCAAAGACUACUGGUUUUUUUAUUAUAAUUGUUAAUAAAAAAAUUCCAAUAAACUCCAGUAACUUAAGAAUGACAUGGUUGUCAAUGGGAUCUAUGAAUUUAAGAAAAAUAUACCUUUGGGAUUUUUUGAAUGCACUGUGUACCUUGCAGUUAAUUUAUGGCUGUAUUUAUCUUUACAUUUUCUGUUCUACAGGAGUACUGUUUUAACUAUAUCUCCUAACUCAGGAAAUCUAUAAGAAAAGUUUACUUGCUGAGUCAACAGACAAUUGAUGCUUUCUGGACAGAUCAAUGGUGACUUUAUUUCUGCAAAAUAUUCGUUGCAUGUGAAUUAAAAUACCUUUAUUAGUCCAAAUGUGAAAUCCAAUAUCCUUAAACAAUGUUGUAGUUCUUUACCCAUCUUUUUUUCCUCUCUAAAAUUGUUUUAAAUGCUGGCACAAACAUUUCAUGUAUUGUAUGAUAAUUGUAACA